AUGUGCCUGGAGGUCCGGGCCACUUGUGGGCGCCCGGCUGGGAGUGCCGGCAUCUGCCCGGCGACCUUCGGGCGGAUGUGCGACCGGCUGCCGGGGAGCCGGGAGCUUUUCCUCCACUGGCAUGGCCGGUUGCUGGUUUUGAUCCCGGAUGCCGGGCUGUCCGGCGGGGAGAUCGCGCUUGGCCGGGUGGACAUCGAGCGGCACUUUGCCGGGCAGGCGCUCGUCAGGGCCAUGGCCAGCAGGUCGGCCGCGCGCCCGUCGCAAGUUGAUGUGCACCUCUCGCCAGGGCCCCGGCCAUUGGAGUGUGUGCACCACGCGGACGCGGUCCGGGAGUUCCUCCGGCUGUUGGAUUAUUCCGUGAUCUCGGUGGGCCAGGAGAUCGAUCUGCCGGCCGGGGGCACAACCGUGCGCGCGCGGGUGGUCCGGCUGAUGGACACCCAACUGCGGGCCUUGGAGUCCGGCUUCCUGUCCAUGGACCACACGCCGGCCUUUGUGCAUGUAAGCACGCCGCAGGGGGAGCCCUACGUGCUGCGUCCCCCGCGGUCGGUACUACUGCAGGUGCCGCGACUGGAGCUGGGGGUCCGCUUCCCGGUGGCCGAGAGGCCCGAGUAUCUAACGGUGGAGGAGGAUGACUUGCUGGUCUCGGAAAGGACUCUUCGCUCGCUGGAGGCCCAUUUCCUGGAGCCGGAGCCGACCAUCCUGCUCGGUGACAGGGUUCGAGUGGUCGGAUAUGCUGGCGGCGGGCUCCGGCGCAAUGAGGCACUGCCGGGCACGGGGCUGCUCCGGUAUGCCGAGGAUGUCUACCACCUGCCAUAUACCGAGCCACCGGAGCUCCUGGCCCUCACCUGUCGGGUCGAGUGGAUCGGGGAUCGUCCGCCCCCGCGGCUGCGGGGGAUUGGGCAAUUGGAGCGCCUGCUGCUGGAGGCCAUCCCUUUGAGCUACUCCCUGGCGGGGAGCUGGCCGGAGCUGGUGUUCACACCGAGCAGGCUGACGAAUGGCGAGCGCGCGUCCGUCGAGGCCGGGGCCGUGGUGCCGGGGCUGACGCGGAUCUCCUUCGACAUGGAGGCCGGCGGCCGGCUGGCCCUGGCGGAGGCCGACCCGCUGGCGGUGACCCUUCACUGCGGGCGGCGGCGGCUGCUGCUGCUGAGUGUCCACCUGGCGCCGGGCGUGCCGCCGCUAUACCCGGGGCUGCACCUGCCGCGGGAGGUCUUCCAAUCGGUGGCCGAGUCGGCCGAUGAGGGGCAGCCUGGGGGCUGUUUGUUCUUCCUGUGCCAGGGCCGGACGUUUGUCGCGCGGCUGGCCGACACGCACGACCUGCCCGGGGUGGUGCGGCUGAGCGCGGGCUUUGGGCACUUCCUGCGGGGUGCGCCGGAGCCGCCGCCGCCGCGGGUGCGCCUGCGCACGCCGGUGUGGCUGAGCGCGGUGCAUGUGCGCGUGGUGCCAGCCCGUGCGUCCAGUGGCCCGGUGGCUGUGGAUCUAGCCCCGCGGGAUUUGGUGGCCGGCCUGAGCGUGGCCUUCGCCGACAUGAGCAUGGCUCUGUUUGAGCGGCGCCCCUUCCGGGAGGUGGUCCUCGUGCCGGAGGUCCUCCUGGACGCCGAGCACCAGGAGGUGGCGUGCGGGCUCCUUCGCCGGGGACACACCCAGGUGCGGCUCUAUGUGCGGGAUGUGGACCUGCGACCGGGCAAGUGCCCGCUGAGAAUUGAGUAG